AUGCCACUAGCCAUCCCUGUCUAUAUGCAAGUGAACAAACGUGAUGGUAUGAGUAACUUACUUGGUUGCGGCGAGUGCUUCUUGGUGGACAUGACGUCAUCGAGCUCGUGUCAGCUGCCACAGCGCACGCACGUGAUCAUGGAGGCAGCGAGCGCUCGCCACGCCCAGCCACAGGUGAGCAACUUACGACUCUGGGUGAGGGUCUACUGGGCUAGGCUGCCUGUUGACAAACGGUGU